CUGUUUAAUCCAAACAACAACCCCUCCAUUAGAGGGUUAGAGGCAGAGCAGAGGGAAAGAGUGCAAGCGAGCGGUUCACCGAGAAAUCUGCAAGAAUGGGCAAAAUCUACCAGGUCGUGGUUCACGGUCUCAGGGGCGAGAAGAUGACCGUCGACUUGUGCAACACGGAGGAGCAGAUGAAGAGCAUGACGGUUCUGCAGCUGAAGGAGAAGAUUGCAGAGAAACUUCCUCAGAGCGGAGGAGAGGAGGCUCUACGGCUGAUAUUCACAGACAAGAUGCUGGACGGAGACUUCACGCUGCUCUCUGAUUAUGGAAUCCAGCACAUGUCCGUGAUCCAGAUGGCUUUGAAGGUUCCUGGAGGACUGACGGCCUGACAGAGACCACGUCCCCCUAUACCACCGCUGUGCUGCUUCACGAAGCUACUUCCUGUUUACAAAUGUCGAACCUUUAUUCCAAUAAACCUUUUAGCGAUGUCCCCAAGUUGCCUUGAAAUAUGUUUGAAAAGUUGCUGUUGCACAAAAUAAAACCCGUGUUCCCUCUAAA